CUACAUUGCAACAUUAUUUUCACUCUUUUCUCCCACAAAUAGGCUGUUUUCGAAGGGAAUUUUAAUUUACAAUAACUUCCUCUAUAUUCUGGAGAACGUUAAAUAUACGCGCAUUCUCAGAAGAGGACAUUUUGUGAAGAAAUCCAGAAAAAUUCUCCUGCAAAUCGAAUGUUUCCACAUUUGGCAACAUUGCAUGAAUUUUAAGACCCCAAAAGCCUAUUCUUCGCGAGUUAAAAUACUCACCGAUUCAAAGCAAUGAGGAAAUGUUGCCCCAAAAAGGCGGAGUUUGAGGUUUCAGAGUGGCAGCUUGUGAAGAGGAGGCAUUGGGAGGGUUGUCGCCGCGGCCCGUCCUCCGCUCGGCCAUCGAGAGGAAAAUUCAGCCAAUGAGGAGCGUCCGAGCUGGCGGCCAUUUUAAGCGUCUCGCAGCAAAGCGGAUCCACGGGAGAAAUUUAUGAGGGGAGAUAUUAUGUGAAAAUAUUAGAUUUUUUUAUUUUGUGUUGUUAGUCAAUUAUUUUUUAUUGAUAAUAUGUCUUAUAUUUUGAGUUUAUUUGUGGAAUAAGAUUUUGAAAUUGCUUUUUAUUGGCUUUAACUCGUCACGAGUGAAAUAUUUUAAGUGUAUGGGAGCAAAACAGAUCCACAUCAAGUAUUUAGGUAUGAAAAUAAUGUAAACUAUUAUAACUGUUUGUAGACGAUUUUCAUAGCUUAAAAAUCUAUUUACUUGUAAGUACCACAUUUUGUGAAGAUUACUUCUUUUUUACAGAGAUAUCUUAGGUUUUUGAUUAUGUGAACCCGGGUCGGAUUUGUUUACAUGUGCAGACGAUGGGUGCAGUGUAAGCCAAUCAUAAUGAUCGGGUUCGUCAGCCAAUCAAAACCCUCAAACCUCUCAGCCAAUUAGAAGUGCGAGAAUUUUCGACCAAUGAGAAGCCUUAAUUUCUCGACCAAUGGGAAGCUUCGAAUUUGACUGCCCUAUUAAGCGUUCGGAAACAAAUGCAAAUUCACUAAAAUAUUAUGAUAAAAAAAAUAUAUAUAACUUUGGAUCAUACAUAUAUAUAUAAUGUCAUCGGUAAAAUUAGAGAAACAAUUGAAUUCCCAAAAUGUACCGCCAAGACCUGUUUUGACGAAGCUAGCGACCCAAACAUGCGGCCUCUGCAGACGAUGCCCCGAAGCCUGCUCGCCGAAGGUCCCUGAGCAUGUAUGGCAUGGGCACCAUAAGGAAAAACAUCUUCUUGGUCGUGGGAAUCCUGGUCGUGUUGGUUCUCCUCGACCAGCUCUACCUUCACGUCUGGCUGUCAACCCCCCACACUGAAUUCCAGAGGUCUCUCCACGUGGAUGAUGUGCGGCAGCUGUUGCGCGCGGGCGAGGACGCCUCACUGACGACUAUUUUGUUUGACCCGUUCAUUCUGCAUGCUUGGAACUCUAACCAGCAUGUUUCUGCGACAGGAGUGUGCAUUUUCCUGUGCCAUGUCAUUGGGCCCUUGACUUUUGCCGUCACACAUGGGCAGCUUAGGGACAAGCCAGCCUUUCUUACAAGGUUGGCCCAGCUGGGGUUUACAGUCACUCUCUUCGAAAACCCUGAAGGAGAGCACUCGCACGUGUUUUUGGUGCGCAAGGGAUCGCCUCUACACCUUGUCGUCCUGCACACUAAGUCAGCUGGUUACCUGCGACAGUAUGCCCUGAAUGGACCUCCUCACAACAUGGCCCAAGUAAAGCAGUACAUAACCAAAGACACUUGGGAAAAUAUGAAGGUUGAUCGGGCUUAUGAACGCUUCAGUACAAAGGAUGCAAAGAUUGAUGAAGUUGACUUAACAGUUCCAAGUGAUAUUGAAGCAUUUGUCAGCGGCCACAAAGCCUCACAUUUCAUCCCAUGUAAUGAAUCGAGAGCAACAUUCUACAACUUAAAGCAUAUGAAGGAAGAAACACCUACUGAAGUUAGAUUUAAGCAUAAAGCUUGGAAAUUGCUGGCCAAAGCUAAGACACUGAUGGAUCACUUGAAAAUUCCUUUUUGGCUCAGCAGUGGCACUUGCCUUGGAUUUUAUCGGCAGUGUGACAUCAUACCUUGGGCGAUGGAUGUUGACAUUGGUGUGUUCAUCGAGGACUAUAACCCAAGACUCAUUGAAGAAUUUCAGAAGAGAGGAUUGAGAUUAACACACAAGUUUGGCAAAGUGUCUGACAGCUUUGAACUCUCUUUCAAAGAGGAAGACAUUAAGUUGGACAUAUUUUUCUUCUAUACUGAAGGAGCCACUAUGUGGAAUGGAGGAACACAGGCCAAAACAGGGAAGAAAUUCAAAUAUGUCUUCCCAGCUUUUACUUUAUGCUGGACAGAAUUCUUAGAUCUAAAAGUGCGCAUUCCAUGCCAGACGGAAGAAUACAUACGAGCAAAUUAUGGGCCAUCUUGGUUUACUCCCAUCAAGCAUUGGGACUGGAAGAGCAGUCCGCCCAAUGUCAGAGAAAACGGGAUGUGGCCCGAAUCCAUGUGGUCAGAGGUUAUUGUGGUUAAUGAAGGUUGAAGACAGUAGGGUGCUGUCACUGUUCAAUGCAGUUUGAUUAAAAUCAUGUAUGGAAAGAAUACAUAGUUUUAAAUUAAGAUCUCAGAGUCAAAUAACACAUAGUUGAUGCAUGAUUUGAAUCUGAAAUUUAAAAGUUUGUUCAUUGUUACAAAUGGUUGUAUACCAUAUUCUCCUGUAAGUUAGUUAAAGGUUGCUGAUCAGAAAAUCUAAGAAAAGGCAAUUAUUGGUUGAUUUUUCUUUUCUUUUUUGAUGUUCAGGUUGUAAAAGAAAUGGUAUUAAUUUUGCUCUUCUAAGAGGAAAUUUUAAGAUAUUACAUUGCUACUUGAUGUAAAAAACAGACUAAGUGGCUAAAGAUGUUUAUUGUUAUAGUGUGGUAAAUUAUUUAUUCUUAAUAAGGUUAUCAUUGAUAUUGCAUUGUAUAUUUUUACUUAUUUUAUUUACUUAUUUAUUUUUAUUGAGGAGUAUAUUUGUUUAAAAACAAGUUCAAUUUAAUACAGUAUUGAUUAGUUUUAUUUUGAAUUUGUGCGAUCCAACUCAAAUUAGUGGUGCUAUUAACAGACAUGGCCAUAAAAUUUUCUAGUUUGUACGCAUGAGGAGACAAUAUAAGAAUUUGCAUCAUUUAGAUCAUAUAUAUAAAGUUAAUUAUGAAUGGUAUUAUUGAUACUACCAGUGAAGAUUAUAGUACAAUAACAAAGAUGCUCCUUUUGUACAGCAAUAAUAAUGGUGUGAAUAGAUAUUGACAAAGAUAUGGUAAUUAAGUUUAGAACAUGGAUCUCAAGUUGAUAAGGCUUAGAUUGUGAUGAAUAAAGUUCACAUGUAUUAGAAUGAAAACUAUGACCAGUCGUAAUCUCUUAAGUGAUUUGUGGCUAUAUAUACACCUUUUCCUUCAUUUUUAUUGUUUGCAAAAUCAGUCAGUGGGAUGUACUUCAUGGUGUCACAAUCAUGAGAAUCUGUUCCAGAUUUCAAGGUUGCAUGUUGACUUUCAGUACAGUGAUACUCUGGUCUAGUCACAAAUUUAAACAUGAAUUGAAUAUAAAAGUUCAUUAGUGUGAAUCUUGAUGACCGCUUUUUACUGGGAGUCGUAGUCAGCAGAGGGGGAAUUUUUUCCUGUUUUAAAAAAUAUUAAUUAGAGUUAGAAAUGAAUUUGUUUGUGGAGAAAAAUAACAACCCAAGGGUUGAAUAAUAGGUUGUUUUUGGUUCACAGACUGACUAUGUGUGACUUCCAAGUGAAUCUCCUUGUGAUAUUUUAAUGAUAUUGUAAGAUUAACAAAACUGUGGAAUCUACAAAUGGAAAGAUGGUAGCUAUGUAAAGAAGAGGGAUGUUUGUGUGUGUUCUGAUGUACUCUUUACAUGGAUAUGUUUGGAUUCUUUGUUAUGAUUAUAUUAUAUUAUAUUUUCUUUUGACUGUCUCAAUGUGAAUUUGAAUAGUGUUGUAUCUCUUGAAAGGGAAAUAUUCAACUCCAUGGAACGAUGAACAAAGGUUGUUUGACAGAUGUAGAGAAAGGGUUGAAUGUGAAUGAAUACAUUUAUAGCACAAAAGAUAUAUUUGAUACAUCUCAACAACUUCAUUAAAAGACAUGAAGUAUUUUUAAUGAAGAUCUAGGUGAAAUGCAACAUAUAUUUCUUGCACUGUGAAGAUAGUUAUUCUCAUUUUUACUUUUUUCCAAGGCACAAUAUGAAAAGCUUUAUUGAUUACAAAUUUAACAUAUCCAAACAGCUUUCAGAAUAAAUGUCGUGGUAAAUUUGAUCGAAAUUUUGAAAAUCAGAUUUUCUUUUAUUUUGUUAUUGGCUGAGGAAACAAUUUUGAGAAGAAAUCAGGGUAAAUGAUAGAAUUAGAAUCAGGAAAAAAAAUUCUUUGGUCACUAUAAAUAGUUUGUGAACUGCACACUUUGCCAGUGUUAAUUCUUUAGUAGGAUAGACCCUUAUAUUGAAUAUAAGAUAUAAAUAUAUAAAAAAGAAAUCCUACACAUUCCAUUUAUAAGUCACAUUCUCAGAAUGUUUAAUGGACAUUUAGCUUUCAGGAAUCUGCUCUAUGCUGUAGUCAACAAAUAUCUGUUUCUAGAAUGAAAACUAUGCUGUAAAUCUCAUAUUUUAACAUAUUUUAACAUAUUAAUCAAGUAUAAUGUUUCUCGUCCUGUUCUUGGUUUUUAUUAUUGUUAGCCUUAAAGUCAAAGGGACAUUUAGCUGGAAAA